GGGACCAGCCAAUCGUGAAGAAGAAAACCUUCUACUUCAAAAUUGAGAUUGCCUUUGCUGCCACAGACCCUAAAAUAGCACAGAUACAAAGAUGAGUCCUCUAUCUAUUUCUAUGCAGUUGCCUUACUUUAGACUCGGCUAGGCUGCCUGGGUUGUCUACAAGUUGUACGUUUUGUUCCAUUUUAUCUGCUGUUUGAAACAACAAGCCACUGGUCGCAAUGGAGUCUUUUGUUAAGUUCACAAAUCAAAGUCAAGGAAGGGAUCGUAUUUUCAGGACAACCCAAUAUGCAUGUGCCUUGUCGAAGUAUUUGCUUCGCAAGAAUUCUGCAAGGAAAGAGCUUGUUGUCAAGCUGCAGAGUCUGGAGUCCAACAUGAGUUCUGGAAGGAAAUUGUUCAGACUAGGGAACACUGUGAAUUCCAUUGACGCUGCCAAGCGAACCUUGCAGCUCUCUGACCCUGUGCUGCGCCUCUGCCUUACUGUGGCCAACCUCAACCGCGCCCUUUACUUUAUCUGCGACAAUGUGCUCUGGGCCAGGAAUGUUGGCCUUGUCCCUGGUAUUGACAAGGAGCGCUGGAGCUUGAAUGCCUCUCGUUGCUACUUCCUGUCCCUGGUUAUGAGUCUGACCAGAGAUGUUUACGUAAUCACCCAGACUAUGGUUCAGAGAACCAGAGAUAGGCAGUUUCAACAGAAAAUGGAUCAGCACCUCAACGACAGCCCUGAUGUGGCUACUGUUAUUGUUCCUCAACUGGAUGCUUUUCUGUUCCUGCUCUUCGAGAGUCUUAAAAGCCAUCCCUCGGUUGCCCUUGACACACUGAAAAACAUUUGUGAUCUUUUCAUUCCACUGGACAGGCUGGGUGUGUACCGGUCAAACCCAGGAGUGGUGGGCUUUUGUGGGCUGAUUUCCUCUAUCUUAGGGAUAGUGUCAGUCUUGCACCCCAGUUUGAAAAUCCAACCGUAACCUAGAGUUGAAGGAAAAGGAAAGGAGCUAGAAUUAUGAAAUGAAGAGAAGCCAUACACAGUACAAUGGGCAGAUGCCAGGACUAAGGUUUAUAGUCAAACACUGGUGAGACAGAAUCUUUCAGGGGUACUAUCCUACUUUAAAUGUCACUUCAGGGGAAGCUGCAUGUUAGCAGAAGUUCAGUGAUGACAGCAACCCCUUCAGAUAGCAGUUAGGAGCUUAAAGGGCAAACACUUAUGAGUAGCCGAUGAUUACUGUUAGGACCAACAACAGCUCAUAGGUGGAUACAUAUGUACCUUUUUAGACAUUUCUAAAUUAAUAUAUUAUAAAGGAAACUUUGCAGUAGUUUAGGAAUCACAAAGACAGAAUAGACUGGACAGGGAUCUUAGUCAACUUUGUUUACUAGUGUUUGAUUGAACGUAGAGCACUGUAGGUGGGUGCCAUAAUGCUUUCACUAAAUAACUUGACGGAUCAUGAGUUGCGUGAUUCAGCAUUACCACACUAAUCCAAGCCCACCAGCACUGUCUCCUGUAUGUCUUUAUGAUUCCAAGGCCACUUUGUAUAAUAAUGUGAAUUUGCACUACCUGUGCAAUUGAUAAAAGGAAGCAUUCACUUUGGAAAUAAGGCCCUUAUGAUGUAGCAUAUAACAGAUUGAAAUGAACAAUUCAAGUGUACUUAAGAUUGUGACCAAUUGGAGCAUUUACCAAACAAUUUUGUUAAUGUUUUGUCUAAUUGUCAAAUCAUGUACAGUAUUUCUUUAAUUUUGUAUUGUUGUUUAACUAUGUAUCAAUACCUGAAACACUGAUGUUUAGGCCACGCCUACCUGUUUACAGUUAUAAUCUUCCUCUUAAUAGAUGCUGUUCAGCAUACAUAGUCUACAUUUUGUAUUCUGCCAGGGACAUCAACAAUGGCAGGGAUAUGGCCUAGAAGUCAGUAUUUCUCCAGCGCUGUUAUAGAAUGAGAUGUAAGGUUCUAAUGAUUAACACUAAUCAGUAGAUGUUUUCUAUUUAUCAUGAGGAAAGUACAAAAAGUCUAUGCAAAUAAUGUAUUCCAUAAUGGAAGAGCCUUAUUAAUACAGUAGAUUUCUAUGCAUAAUGCAAUGUAACAAAAUGGUUUGAAUUUGAUCAAACCUGUUGAAUAAUCAAAUAGAUUCCAUUGACGUAUGCUAUAAUUCACAAUGCAGUUGUAAAGUUAUAAUUAUCUGAAGUCCCGAGUUGAACAAAGUUAAAAAUCAAGCAUGUUUGAUGAAUGGGGCCCAUGGGACUGAAACAUAUUGAAACACUGAAAGUAGAUGGAUGAUAAUUUGGGGUUGAAAUGCGCUUUUUUAUUAGAUUGCAAAAGUUCAAAGUAAUCCAUUAUUGCAUUAUAAGACAAUAACCAAGGUUAUUUUGAUGAUUUGGAAAAUGUCUCAAGGAUCUGGAAAAUAAGUGCAUCUUGAGGGAUGCAGAAUUCAAACAUGGUGAAUAUUUGUCCUUUGCUUAAUUGAUUUUAUCUAAACUACAUUGACAUUUUGACUAAUGUAGAGAACUGUGUGAUGUACAGUCACUAUUCAAGAUGAUGUAGAUGGCCUAUAAUAUCAGUUUGUGGUGCAAGGAAUUCCAAUAAAAGUGCUGCAACAUCGCCA